CCCAUGGAUGGUGUGUCCCCUCUGGAGCAGUACCUGGAGCGCUGCAAUGGGCAGGAUGAUAUCUCAACUAGUCCUCAGCUCUUUGCUCCCAUGAGCCCUUAUGAUGUAGACCUUCCAAUUCAGACAACUCCAGACGCACCAUUUGCUUCUCAAUUUAAUCAGCCCAAAGAGCUUCCUCCAGAUUUCUCCUCGGUGGAUCUCAGCUUUCUUCCAGAUAUUAGCCAAGAUGACCAGGACCAAAAUCCAUGUGAAGGAGCUCAGGAUACACAAAAAGAGCUUGAUGGAUCCGUGUCAAGAAACGAGGACAGUGGUGUCUUUCUGGAGGAAAGCGGUUUGUCAGAGGCAGACACAACCCAGCCGUGCUCCGAAACAUCUGGGGUCUGUCCUCCUCUGACGCCAAUGACACCUGUGACCCCCGUGACACCCGCAUCYGAAAGCUCUGGCAUAGUUCCUCAGUUACAGAAUAUAGUGUCGACCGUAAACUUGGCUUGUAAACUUGAUCUGAAGAACAUAGCUCUGCACGCCAGAAACGCAGAGUAUAACCCCAAGAGGUUUGCUGCUGUGAUCAUGAGAAUCAGGGAACCACGAACAACUGCCCUUAUUUUCAGUUCAGGAAAAAUGGUCUGCACUGGAGCAAAAAGCUUGUCUUUGAAGAUGCCUUUUGGACCCUUCUUGAUGUGGACAGAGUCUUGUGGCACUUUUAAAAAGAAAGAGCCAAAAACUCCAGGUGCUCAAUAUGAACAUGAAGAGCAGUCACGGCUUGCAGCAAGGAAGUAUGCACGUGUGGUGCAGAAGCUUGGGUUCCCUGCCAAGUUUCUGGACUUCAAGAUACAGAACAUGGUUGGGAGCUGUGACGUGAGGUUUCCCAUCCGGCUGGAAGGGCUGGUUCUCACCCACCAGCAGUUUAGUAGCUAUGAACCUGAACUAUUUCCUGGACUUAUUUAUAGGAUGGUCAAACCAAGGAUAGUGCUGCUCAUCUUUGUGUCUGGAAAAGUUGUACUGACUGGAGCAAAAGAGCGUUCUGAAAUCUAUGAGGCAUUUGAGAACAUCUAUCCCAUUCUAAAAGGUUUCAAGAAAUCAUCAUAACAAAGCUCAGAAAGCAAUUAAGAAUACACGGGUUUGUAUUGCUGUGCAUGCUAUUCCUGUACCCAGCUCUAGACCUGUGGAUUAUUAAGCAAAUUGUGCUAUUCUAAACACUAAAAAUGCUAAUGUCUUUCUCUAGUUGAUGAAAGGGGUUUUUGUUUGGAGGCUUUUGCUCUCUGCAAUCCACUUGAAUUCAAGCAACUUGUAUCGAGCUGAAGAUUUAGCCAAAAUGAAUGCACUUUUAAUAGAAAUGCGUGUUAAAGUAGCACUUAAGUACAGUACUGAUUUACAGAAUACUUAAAACAAGCUUUGUCAAAGCCCUCAGGGCRGUUCUAGUUUCUAUAGCACUGUAUUUUCGUGUUUAAACUCAAAGUGCAUUUUUGUCUACAAURUAGCUUAGAAAAUACAGCAUGACUUGAUUUCAGGGUUUUGAAGGCUGAUUGUAGAGGAUAUAUCCCAAGUCCUUCCUCUGACCCCAGGGGCUGGAUGAACUCUUGUGUAAUGGUUUUGGUGCUCCCUUUUUGGCCAAGACAUUCAAGGCCACAGGUAGUGCUGGAGCAUACCCAGAAGGGGGUAGAACUAAGCAAACUGUCUAGAAWGUCAUGACACAAGUUUGAUUUAUUUAUUUUUAAUCAAAAUCCUGCCUGCAUUACUGAAGCCCUCAGAUAAUGGAAGUUGGAUGUUGUUUGGCCCAAAGAACAUGUGGGUUAGGAAAUGGCUCUAAAACAGGCUUUAGCAGAAUUCAAAAGUUUUAAUGUUCAAGGUUUAAUCACUUGGGUUUCUCRGGCAGGAUUCCCUGCCUUUCCUCUCCAAAACAGGGCUUUAGAGUGUCUGGGAUUUGUCUUGUGUUUUUCCCUUGUUUCCUGCUGAAUAAGGACCUAGCAGAGAACAAGCUCUUUCUGGGCCACUAGAGGCUGCUGUUAGAUGAAUUUAACCCAGCAUAAAGCCUGCCUCUUUCCUUUCUGCAUUACAAAUGUGCAAUAUGGGCAAUGGCUCCAUAUAGAACCGGGUGUUAUGGUCUUUCUGGGCUUAGUUUUGCUGUUUUGAGUUCAACUGCAAUCAGCAAGGAUGGAAAUUCAACUUCCAUUUCUGCAGUAUAGACACAGUGCAGAACGAAAAGCAUUUUGUGUAACUUUUUCUAUGCUCUUCUGGGAGGGUGGGAGGAAAAGCUUGAAAAACUUCAUGUACUUCCUUGUGAUAAACUGGUCUYAACUAUGUUAUCAGUUGCUUUGUCAUAGUUAAACUGUGGAUUUCCACAUACAAAUCUACUCUAAACAGAGGCUUACUUUUCUGUUUGUUUUUAAUGAUGUACACUUUCCACAGCUACGGGCUGAACUUUUAUUUGCACUAAAGCUGUAAAAGCUGAUAAGCUUGAGUUACAAAGAUCCCUGUAAGUGAAAAGCAACCACCUAUUUUUAUUGAGGUGUUUGGAAAAGGUUUAUCUAUGGUGAGCCCUCUUUCAGAGA